AUGCGGAAGGAGAUCGCCGCAGCGGCUGGCUUUCUCACAGAGCAGUUGACUGCUCCGCCUAGCUCAGUCACACAAACGCAAGCAGAGCGAUUCGCUUCGAGUCUGCGGGCAAGUCUCGAGCUGCGAUACGUCAACCACUGGCACCUAAAUGACGCCGAGCGAGGCUCGGCAUAUCGCUCUCUGUCUCGAUCCGGACCAACACAUGAUACACAUCACUUUGAUACCCAGCUCAUCAAGGCAGCACAAGCUGCCGAGCUUCCUGUCGAAACAGUAGCUCAUCAGCUCUUGAGGCUUGGCGAGAGAUGGACCCUCUGGGUUGAUCCAGAUGUUGUCCUCUUCCGUCAGGGCGAAAGCAAUGCGAACACCUUUCGAGAAAUAUACCCAGCGCCGGGCAGAUCAUCCUUGCCAAGUUCAAGCUCUGCUCGCAGUCUGCAUGCCAUCGUGCGAUCUUUCAGUCUGUGCGACAUCGAUGCUGCUCUAGAGACGAAGACAGACACGGCCUCGGCCGUUGCUAGCCCAAGCAAGAAGAGUAGAGCGAUUCAAAUCAUAGACCCUUCAACACGAAGGGAAUCGCCAAAGCCACUCACAGACUCCUUGAUCACGAUCACUGCCGCAGCUGCUAGUUCUUCCGAUGUCAGUACAUCGUCUGAAUCCACGACGACUCUACUGCCUGCAUUUGUGGAACGCGAGAUCUCGCCGCGCUCCUCGCUCGAUACCGAUUCUAUAGGCAGUACGCCUUUGCUUGGCUUCGACAUCGGUUCGCCGCUAUCGGAAGCAUCAUCAUUGAUGUCCGACACUUCUUCGAUGCUCGCAACACCCUCACUUGAUCUGUUCGCUAGGCCGUGCUCGCGGACAUCGACUCUGUCGCGCACUUCGUCUGCUUCGGGCAGUGUCGAUAUCCAGCAGAGCUGGUCGCAGCCUCCUAUAGCCAGGAAAGAGAGCUCUCCGGAAUACGACGGCGAAUUUGCCUUGCCACUCGCGCCCGCUUCGCAAUACAACAGUGAGACGUACGCCAUUCCCGUGCAUGCGCCUCGAAUGAAUAUCGUCCGUUCUGCGCCUGGUUCGCCCAAUAAAGCUCGCCGUCAGAGAGGUCACUUGCAUUCUGCUUCAAUGACUUCGAAUGCCUCGAGCUCGUCGAACCACUCUUCCAGCACUUCCGUCAGAUCAUCCAAUACUGGCGUCGUCGUCGAACAUUCGAAUGGCAAAGUCGGCGUUCUCGGCGGUGGCGUAUUGCUCGGAAUGCCCAAUGGGUCGCAGAUACCCAAGCGAGCUAGAGGCACUCGCACGCGAUCGCGUUCGAAAUCUCGCACGACAUCUUUCUUCGCGGCCGCUGCUGCUGCCGGCACCGAUGGUCCACACGCCAGUUGGGCCAGCCUACUCAAUUCGUAG